AUGACGAGUCCAAAUAUAUCUUUGUUGAUAUGGUGUGAUGGCCGUAUUGUGAGUUCUCCGUGUGGAAUAGAAUACCACGGGGGUCGUCCGGUUAAUAUGGCGCUUAGCGAGAGAAUGAGUUUCGAGGAAUUACAAAAUAUUUGUAGAAGAGCAGUUUCUACCGACGGGGAAGUAGAAAUUUCAAAAAUCUACUUCCGGCUUCCAAGAAUAGUUGAGGGUGCGAUACGGUCGUACUCGUUGUUUUCUGUGGAGAAUAACGAGCAUGUGUUUGGAAUUCUGAACGAGGUCGUGCGGUAUCCGCAACUCGAGAUUUUGGAAUUGUACGUGGAAUACGAGGCCGUGGUUCGCAACAAGACUUUACUAGAUCAGUUGGUCUUAGGUGAUUCAAGCGGGUCUGAGAGGGGUAGUGGUGAAGAGGAAGAAGAGGAAGAAGAGGAUUUCUACGACAGCAACGAAGAGGAUGUCGAGGAAGACUUAGGAGCAGAUUCACAAUAUGAGUCGCAACUUCCUGAGCAUGUAAGAACGGCGGAUCUUUGCGACUUUGACGUCGCCCCGGAGGAUGAUGAAAAGAUUAUGUGGGAUCCUGGGAUGGAAUUCCGAGUAGGGAUGGUAUUCCCAAAUCGCGAUGCCGUCCGAGCUUGUGCGACUACUUAUUCGGUCGGGGUGGGAAGAGAGUUCAAGGGUCGCCGGACUACCAACUCGACAAUAGUGUUGGCUUGCAGGCAGAACCCUGUAUGUAAAUGGUGGCUGCGCGCUACACUUCUGCAAGCAACUCAGACGUGGACGUUGACAAAAUAUAUUGGCCCGCACACGUGCAAUCAGCUGUUACCUGAUCCAAACCAUCGGAAUUUUGGGUCUGUUGCAAUCGCAGACUAUAUCAAGGGUCAAGUAAAGCUGCAACGUGAUAUACGGAUCGAUACCCUCAGAGCUGGAAUUUGGCAACAACUUGGAGUUAGGCCUCCGUAUAAACGAACCUGGAAUGCAAAGGAAAAGGCAAUAGCUGAUGUUUACGGUGGCUGGUAUGAAUCAUUUGGUAUGGUUCACAAGUUCAUGAACGAGAUGAUGCAUGUCAACCCUGGAUUCUACAGCUCUGGGCUUACGAGCGACUUAGGCCAUUGCGACCCCGUUUGGCCGACUUUACCGUCACCGGGGGAUUGCCUUUGGGUGAUAGGUACAUUUUUCGUAUAA